AUGAUCUCAUACUCUCCUAUUCUUCCUCUACUUUUUACCCUUUUCGUUUCUUUCCUUUCCGCCAUAGAUUCCGACCUCGUUGCUGACAGAGCCGCCCUUCUCCGCCUGAGUUCUGCCGUGGGUGGCAUCACUCGUUUCUGGGACCUCAACAACACUACAUGUUCAUGGGUAGGAGUUACUUGCGACGCCGCCAUAAACCGUGUAACCGAACUCCGCCUGCCCGGCGACGGGCUUAGAGGCCAGGUCCCGGUGAACUCUAUCGGGAACCUGACCCAACUCCGUGUUCUUAGCCUCCGACGUAAUUCUCUCUCAGGAGCACUACCUUCGGACUUGGGCUCAUGCGUCGAGUUAAGAAACCUUAUCUUGCACGAGAACGACUUCUCCGGCGGAAUUCCGGCGAGUUUGUUUGGGUUGAAUAAUCUGUUACGGUUAGACCUUGCCGGGAACAACUUUGUGGGUGAGAUAUCUCCUGAAUUUAAUAACCUGACCCGUUUGAGAACUCUUUACUUGGAAAACAACCAACUCACUGGAUCACUUCCUCAGCUUGAGAAUCUCUCAUCGCUUAGAGAGUUCAACGUUUCGUUUAAUAGAUUGAACGGUUCUAUUCCAUCUAGGUUAGGGAGAUUUUCUACCAAUUCUUUUCUAGGAAAUUCGCUAUGUGGAUCACCCCUAGAUUCUUGUUCCAAUGGAGGAAAUAAACUUUCCGGUGGAGCAAUUGCCGGGAUCGUUAUUGGAUCGGUGAUUGGAUUUCUUUUGGUGAUUUUGAUUUUGUUCAUUUUGUGGAGAAAAUACAGAAAUGGAGAAGAUGGAAGGCGGGUCGUGACGUCGCCUUUUCCACCAUCGCCUGUGAAGCUACCGGAGCAUGAUAAUCGGAGACGUAGAACGGAUAUAGUAAGGGAAAAUCAUGAAUUCGAUAAUGGGUUUUCCAAUAUGGCGGCAAUGAGAGUGAGGGUGGGAAAUGUGGUUAAGAAUAGAGGGAAUGAUGGGAUGGUGAGUUUUGGGGAUGGGGCUGAGGUACUUAGUUUGGAGGAUUUAUUGACGGCUUCAGCUGAGGUAUUGGGGAGGGGGACAGUUGGGACUACUUACAAGGCAUAUUUGGAGGGUGGGAUUGAGGUAGUAGUGAAAAGAUUGAAAAAUGUUGUUGUUUCUGAGAGAGAAUUUAGAGAGAAUGUUGAAGCACUGGGAGCGUUGGUUCAUGAGAAUUUGGUGCCUCUAAGAGCAUACUACUAUGGCAGAGAUGAGAAGCUUAUUGUGUAUGAGUCCAUGCCUAUGGGAAGUUUGGCUGCUCUUCUACAUGGCAGUGCCGAAAAUGGAGAAGAUGGAAGGCGGGUCGUGACGUCGCCUUUUCCACCAUCGCCUGUGAAGCUACCGGAGCAUGAUAAUCGGAGACGUAGAACGGAUAUAGUAAGGGAAAAUCAUGAAUUCGAUAAUGGGUUUUCCAAUAUGGCGGCAAUGAGAGUGAGGGUGGGGAAUGUGGUUAAGAAUAGAGGGAAUGAUGGGAUGGUGAGUUUUGGGGAUGGGGCUGAGGUACUUAUUUUGGAGGAUUUAUUGACGGCUUCAGCUGAGGUAUUGGGGAGGGGGACAGUUGGGACUACUUACAAGGCAUAUUUGGAGGGUGGGAUUGAGGUAGUAGUGAAAAGAUUGAAAAAUGUUGUUGUUUCUGAGAGAGAAUUUAGAGAGAAUGUUGAAGCACUGGGAGCGUUGGUUCAUGAGAAUUUGGUGCCUCUAAGAGCAUACUACUAUGGCAGAGAUGAGAAGCUUAUUGUGUAUGAGUCCAUGCCUAUGGGAAGUUUGGCUGCUCUUCUACAUGGAAGCAGAAGCUCAUACAGGGCACCAUUGAGUUGGGAAGUUAGAAGUAGGAUUGCAUUUGAGGUCGCCUGUGGCAUUGAAUAUCUUCAUUCUCUUGAUCCCAAUGCUUCCCAUGGCAACAUCAAGGCAUCUAACAUUUUCCUCGCUGACAACUACCGUGCCUGUAUCUCUGAGUUUGGCAUAGCACAACUUGUUUCCUCCACUUCAUCUCCCAACCUGAUCGGCUACCAAGCGCCAGAGGUAUUGGAUUCUCGCAAGGUUUCCCAAAAGGCUGAUAUCUAUUGUUUUGGCAUCCUGCUUUUGGAACUGUUGACAGGCAAGGCCCCGACAGAUGCUCUUAACGAAGAGGGAGUUGACCUGCCUAGGUGGGUGCAAUCAGUGGCUGAAGAAAAGUGGACAAUUGAUGUGUUUGAUCCUGAGCUGCUUGGGCACCAUUACAUUGAGGACCAACUGGUUAAGCUCUUACAUCUUGCAAUUUACUGCACCUCUAAGCAUCUUGACAAGCGCCCAUCAAUAGGAGAGGUGACCUCAAAGAUCAAAGAAAUAUGUGGAUCAAGACAACAGGAGCUACAGCCAUCUCGGAUUGAAGUAUCAUAUUAG